UUUGCUGUCGGUGCAAGCAUGGAGUUAUUCAUGGUCAAAACGGGUUUCUAUGAAGUUGCGACACGCAAAGAGGCGGAGAGGAGGGCCAUGUACAGGCAGCAGCUUGAAGAAGCGAAGCAGGAGAAGCUCAGGAGAAAGCAAGAGAGAAUG